CUGAGCAAUAACAAGUUGCACACGCACGAAAUGGUCCUGACGUAACAGUCAGUAGACAAGCAACUUCGAAAAUGCACUUUUGGUUAUUUACGUCUCGAGUUUUACAGAAUUUGCCAGGUAAUGCCUUGGUUGGCCAUUCACGUAACUUCCACUAUUUUAAGCCUUUGUUACAGUCAACUAGAAAUCGUCCAUCGGUGGAAACAAUAACAACACUCAAGCUAGAUUUGAGAAAAAAAUUGGGGCGAGAUAGUGUUUCCGACAAAGACGCGAUACGCAAACAGCACAGUCGAGACGAAGGUGUUGAAAGGCAUAACAAUCUUGCUGAUUUGGUUGUUUGGCCUAAAAGUACAGAAGAAUGCUCAAUCAUUGCCUCUGUCUGCUCUGAAAAUAAAAUUCCAAUGAUCCCUUUUGGCACGGGAACUGGCCUGGAAUCGGGUGUCUGUGCCCCUUAUGGAGGUGUAAGCGUCGACAUGAGUAAAAUGGAUCAGAUUGUUGAUUUUAAUCCAGAAGAUUUUGAUGUUACUGUUCAACCUGGAGUUACAAGAAAAGGACUAAAUCAUUUCCUUAAAGACCAUGGACUUUGGUUCCCUGUUGAUCCUGGCGCUGAUGCAUCGUUGUGCGGUAUGACUGCUACAAGUGCAUCGGGCACCAACGCUGUCCGUUACGGCACUAUGCGGGAAAAUGUACUAAAUGUUGAGGUUGUUUUAGCCGAUGGUCGCGUCCUUCACAGUGCAGGAGAGAACCGUCGAUCUAAAAAAACAUCCGCCGGUUUCAACUUGACCAACUUGUUUGUUGGAUCGGAAGGUUGUCUUGGAUUUAUUACGAAAUCCACUCUGAAGAUUUAUGGCAUGCCGGAAAUGAUGCUUUCAGCCGUUUGUGCAUUUACCACUAUUAAGGCCGCCGUGGAUACCUGUGUCCAAAUAUUGCAAUCCAAUAUUCCUAUUGCACGCAUAGAACUUAUGGACGACGUGGCGAUGGACAUGUGCAAUAACCAUAACAAGUUGGAUUAUAAAGUGGCACCCACGCUAUUUCUGGAAUUUCAUGGUUCGGAAGACUCUGUCAAAUCUCAAGCAAAAUUUGCAGGUGAAAUUGCUGCUUACAAUGGAGGUUCAGAGUUUCGCUGGGCAUAUGAAACUGAGGACCGAAAUCGUCUUUGGAAAGCUCGACACGAUAUAUACUGGACCACUCUUCAGUGUAAUCCCGGAUGCCGAGCAAUCAUUACUGAUGUUUGUGUUCCUAUAACCUCCUUACCGGACCUUAUCGCUCAGACGAAAAUUGACAUUCGUGAAUCGGGGGUAGUUGGGCCAUGUCUUGGACAUGUUGGGGAUGGUAACUUCCAUACUUUCCUGGUUUUUAAUCCAAACAAACCUGAGGAAUUUAAAAAGGCUGAGACACUAGCUGCGCGUAUGACAAAGAGGGCCUUAGACUUGAAUGGCACAUGCACUGGAGAGCACGGAAUUGGAAUUGGAAAAAUGAAGUAUCUAGAAAAAGAAAUGGGGCCAGUAGGAAUAGAAAUGAUGAAGUCAAUUAAAAAAACACUUGAUCCUCAUUGGCUCAUGAACCCCGGUAAGAUUUUCCUUUCGGACUAUUGAACUGCAUUGAAAGGAAUACGUUAGUUUGAUUUAAUCACGUUAGUGGGUGGAUCGCAUUGAUCAGAGAAUCGCAUUCGAAAAUAAUAUUGUGAUUAAAUUCGUUACCUGAGAAUACAUAGUCUGUAACGCAGCAGAUUUCCUUCCUAUAAGAAUAAAAUACGAUAUGAUGAAUCAA